GCAACUCCUCUUCUCGUAUCAUCUCAACUUCAACAAUGUCCGGAGACGAUGACUCAAAUGGCUGGCAGCUUACAGAGUCAGACCCUGGUGUCUUUUCAGAGUUGUUAAAAACUCUAGGGGUUCCACUAAUCGUGGAUGAUCUCUACUCUUUAGACUCAGAAUCUCUUGCCUCGCUGCAACCUCUGCAUGCCUUGAUAUUUCUAUUCAAAUGGGUUUCAACCUCAUCUGACAGCAUGAGUGGAAACUACGAUCCUGAAUUUCCAGGCUUCUUCGCACAUCAAGUUGUGAACAAUGCGUGCGCUACUCUAGCGGUUCUUAACGCGCUUGGGAAUAUUCCGGCUCUCAAAAGUGGAUCGCAAUUGACUCAAUUAUUGGAGUUUACGAACGGCAUGGACCCUCAGACUCGCGGCCUUGUCAUCACCAGCUCCGACUGGUUAAGAGAAGCUCAUAAUUCUCUGUCGCCACCUAGUGCAAUCUCUCUGGAUGGACUGGGGCUUCCGAAGCAGACGGAGGAUGCUUACCACUUUGUGGUUUAUCUUCCGUUCAUGGGAUUUCUAUACGAACUGGAUGGCCUGAAGCCUCACGCCGUCAGUCACGGGUCCUAUAAUGAAACAGGCGAAGGCUGGCUUUCUCGCGCACGUGAGGUUAUUGAAAAUCGAAUAGCGACGUACCCACCUGGAGCCCUCGAUUUCAGUCUCUUAGCCUUAAGAGAAGACCCACUUCCCUUAAUACAAGCCGAACUAGCAGAACUUCAAGCAGCCGGAAAGCAAGCUGAAGCCGCCGAUUUAGUCGUCAAGCUGGAGAGCGAGACAUCUAAACGAAAUAGAUGGAAUUUCGAAAACAGUUUGCGAAGGCACAAUCACGUUGGGCUUGUGCACUCCCUUCUGGUCGCACUUGCCAAGGCUGGAAAGCUGGAGUCGGCGAAGGAAAGAGCAAAAGGUAUUAUGAAGGAGCGUGUAUCUAAGGCAAAGUCGAAAGGAGAGGCAAUGGAUGAAAGUUAAAUUCUCGUGUAAAUGGCUAUCAAUUUUGAUACACUGCAGUCCAAGAAUUGAACACAGCAAUCCAGACGGGAUCCAGAAGAAGAUGAAAAAGGUAUGAGUGAUCAGGAAGUUUGCAAAUCAGCAGAUCUUUUCUCUAAUGCGACCGUGAAUAAUGAUUAAUGAUCUCCGCUUCUCUUGGAAAACAUC